UAUUUUUCUAUUUUUACUUUUGUAUAUUUUGAAGUAACAUGCUUCUUAAAAAUAUACACUAUAAAAAAGUUAGUUUUUUAAAAAAGUUAUCUUUGGAAUCUUUCGAAAAUGUUGCAGCUAUAAACCGCUUUAUGAAACUCAUCGCGGCUCUUUAAACAGUUUGACUUGUUUUUUAAUUCCAAACAAAUUUUUAUUGAAAAAAGUUUUUAAUUAAAAAAAACAAAAACUAAACAUUGUUUUAAAAAAGAAAGAAUAGUCGUAAAGCAUCAAAUUUUUUUUUACCAAGUUGAGCAGAAUACAAAUUGCACCAAAACGCAGGGAAACGAAAAAAGUUAUUUAAUCACCACAUAUAAAUACCUAACAUGACUAUCACUACCACGGUUUUAAAUUCAACAGUUGCCACCUCAUCUACCCCAAUUUGGUUUCCUGUCAGAGACAUAACUCUUUCAGAGUGGUGUAUUGUAGUUUCGUUUGCGUUGAUUUUGAGUACGGGAGUGCUUGGAAACGCAUUUGUUAUAUAUGUUUUUGGCUACAAACGAAAAUCAAAUCGUCGCUCGACAACAGAAUUGUUAAUUUUCUAUUUGGGAAUAAUUGAUUUUUUAUCUUCACUUCUUAAUCCUCCUUUGUAUAUUUACUGGACAUUAACAAACUAUCGGCGAUGGGAUUUCGGUUAUUUGGGUUGCCAAAUUAUUCCUUCGCUGGGACCAAUUAUGACUUCAGCAUCAUGUGGUGUGCUCCUAAUAAUUGCAGUUGAUCGAUACAUAGCAAUAGUGGCACCGUUUAGCGGUGAACUAACACCAAAAACAGUAACUAUAGUUUUUUUUUUUGACAUAGUCGUUUCAAUAUGUUUUUACCUUCAUUAUAUUCUUGCACUAAGGAUUCAUCCAAAAUAUAAAUAUUGCUUUGUUCCUGAUGUUGCUGAUUAUAAAUACGGAAUUCCAAACUGCGUGUUUGUAGUUUUACGUUUAUGUUUAUUUGCAACAGUUUUUAGCUUUACAAAUGUAAAAAUUUUUGAAACUUUAAGACAAUGCAACGGUAAUUCUACAAGUAAGGAGAUUCGAGUACAACGUCUUAAGCAGUCAAAACGAAUAAUGGGCUUGCUUGUGACAAUGGGUUUGGUGUUUACAUUUCUUGUUUUCCCAAGAGAGUUGUUUUAUUUGGUGUACAAUUUAUCUUGGAUGGUUAGUAAAAAUGGCGUGAAAUUUAAUUCUACUUUGUAUCAAAUAAACUCUUGGUUAAAAGUUGCACACACAGCAAAUAGUUGCGCUAAUGUGUUUAUUUAUUCCCAUAUGCAGAUUAUGUACCGGAAACAAAUUAUGCGAGUUUUUGCAUACUUUGGAUGCUGCAAGAAAACAUUUUCCCAUCAAAGCUUUUCGAUCACAUUUACAUCAUUUAUGAGAGAUAAAAGUAGAGCUUCAUUACGCAAAACUAAAAAAGAGUUUAAAAAAAUUCUUCUUAUAGACAAUGAAGAUUCGAUAAGCUCAGGAGAUGCUGUGUUUUUUCAAAGAGCCCAGCAGUGGAAAAAAAGACAACGUUAUGAUUCUAUGUUUUUAUUAUAGAUUUAUUAUAUUGAGUGUUUUUAUUAAAAUAUUGCUAGAAUUUA